AAUUCAACACCUUCACCAUGCUUCACUCUUGAAUAACGCAGUUCCGGUUGGGCUCCAGGACGGAUAGUUUCCACCUUACAACCGACGGACGGAUAUCAGCGGACCAUUAUUAUCAUCUUUCGGCUACUCUACAAUACUUAUAUUCUUAUAAUUACCUUCAACCACCACGUCAACGCGCCUCUCCCUCGUAACAUCCAUAAACAACAUCCCACAAUGAAGCUCUCCAAGGCAGCCCGCAUCAUCCUCGUCGGCGCCCCAGGCGUCGGCAAAGGCACCCAAUCCGCGCGCCUCCAAACCGCCUUCGCCCAACUCUCCGCCAUCUCCUCGGGCGACCUCCUGCGCACGCACGUCCAAAACCGCACCCCACUCGGCAUCCGCGCCGAAUCCGCCAUCAAAGCCGGCUCUCUCGUCCCCGACGCCAUGAUCCUGCGCCUCAUCCUCGCCGAGCUCAAAGACCGCAACUGGCUCUUCACGGGCCGCCCGGAGCAACCAUACACGCUGAACUCUAGCUCCUCUGCGGGUGGGGAAGAUGCAGUGUUCGUCGCGGGGGAUAUGCUUGAUACGCCGUCGCUGCUGGCGAGCUUUCCGGAGCCGAGGACGUGCGAUCAGCCUAGUUCGUCGUUUAUUCUUGAUGGGUUUCCGAGAACGGCGGAGCAGGCGGUGCAGUUGGAUAAUUUGGUGCCGAUUAACCUUGUCGUGCACCUCGAUACGCCCUUCAGCGUGAUCAUGGACCGGAUCGCAGGCCGCUGGGUUCACGCGCCGUCGGGUAGGAGUUACAAUACGAGUUUCAACGCGCCGCGCGUGCCGGGGCGCGAUGAUGUGACGGGGGAGAGGCUGACGAAGCGCGCGGAUGAUGAUGAGGGGGUUUGGUUGGAGAGGUUGGAGAAGUUUAAGGAGACGAGUGAGCCGUUGCUGGAGCAUUAUGCAAGGAAGGGGGUGUUGUGGAGGGUGGAGGGGCGGACGAGUGAUGAGAUUACGCCGAAGUUGCAUAAGGAGUUUGCGAGGCGGUUUGCGCUCAGGGAUUGA